CUGAACUACUUCUUUCACAAGAUCGAUCACCUGGUGCAUGUAAGUGCCGACCUGUUCAAAGUCGAGACGAUCGGAGCGGAAUAUGUGGUGGCGUCGGGACUUCCAGACGUCUGCACAGACCAUGCGGUGAAGAUGGCGAAGUUUGCUGCGGGCGUCAAGUCGUUGUUUCUUCGGUCGCGCUGGUCGUCCUCCAAGAAAACUUUUCUGAGUAUGGGGAUGCAUAGCGGCAGCAUCGUCGCAGGGAUCGCAGGGAAGGACACCCCGCGGUAUCGGCUGUUCGGAGACACGAUCAACACUGCCUCGAGGAUGAAGAGU